AUCAUUCUGCUUAUUCUCACCUUAUAUCUUCCCGCUAUCAAGGGAAUAAUCGGAUAUGAUUGCGGUUCAGCUUCAUCCAACAUAACCACCGUAUCGCUUCUCACUAUCGAAGAAUGCGACAUACCGCCACAGAAGGUCAACUCCACCAAAUUAAAAUUGCAAUUAUUGCAAGCCAACGAUUUCCAUUCUGUAAUGGUAAGACAAUGCAAGAAUACAGUGCAACGGUAAAACUUAACGCCAAUCAAGUGGUGCUCAGAUCAGGGGUUUAUUGCGAAUUAAAAGCCGCACAUUGCGUCGAUAUCGAAGGAGGAAAUACUUAUUGGGACACCAUACCAGAUGAUUCAUGCAAAGGGAGCAGUUAUGGAGUUUUAUUCGACGGAUACGCUAUCAAAAUGCAAGACAGCACUGACGCCGGAUCCCAAACGGUAUAUUCUAUUACUACACAGGAUACUACCUUCGCUCUAGCAAGUAGAGGCGAGGUAAAGGCCUGCGGUUACCCCUUAGUAAAAACGGAGCACCCGAAACUGUUUAUCUUUGAAACCUUCACUGACCUGAGUAUCUUCAAAAAGAUACACAACCCGGCAAACACAGACAUCUUUACAUAUAUGAACUCCAAAUUCGUGUAUGUAGAAAAACAUUUCCGAGCACAAUUAAAUCAGCUUUACAGGAAUAUGUUAUAUCAGCAAUGCUAUCUCAAGCAGAAAAUGCUACAGAACGCACUGGCGAUAGCAACUCAAUCUCCAGAUAUAUUUGCAUAUCAUUUCAUGAAAGCAUCAGGUUAUACUUCGAUAUUAGCCGGAGAAGUAAUACACAUCAUUAAAUGUGUACCAGUGGAAGUUCAAGUAGCUCGAACGCCCAACUGCUAUACUCAACUUCCGGUAAUAAGAGAAAAUGAAACAUAUUAUUUAGCACCACAAACUCACUUACUGCUUCGCCAAGGAACACAGGUCAACUGCAACCUCUUAGCACCUGUGAUGUACCAAUUAGGAGAAGAUUGGUACAAAAUGGUGCCAAAUCCGAUAAAAUCCAUUCCGCCAACAACUUUGAAACCUAUGACUAAACCAGAAUGGAAAUACACCAGUCCUGGAGCACUGGCCACCAGCGGCAUUUACAGCCAAUCGGAUCUCGACGAAUUCAAAGAUCAUAUCUUAUUCCCAGCAGAACGACCUGCCGUUCUCAAUACAAUGGCUCGAGCAAUGAUGGGCCACAGCGCUACGAUCCAUGGAGGAUCAUUUACAAACCUUCUAGACGAAGCUUCAUUAGAAAAACUAGCCACUUCAACUUGGAACAAAAUCUGGGGACGAUUUUUGAUUUUCGGCAACAUUAGUGCUGGAAUAAUGGGAAUCUUCCUUAUUUUUCGGUUUAUUAAACUAUUACUGGACACCAUUUUACAUGGUUUAGCACUACACUCAAUAUAUGGGUGUUCCUGUUAUUUAAUAGGAGCUCUCUGGGACUCUCUUACACAAUUAUUAAUUCUAAUCGGCGGGAAGAAGACCACCAAAAUCAAUAAAGAUUUCACCGAGUUACAAGAACUCAAUGGUGGAUCUAGUAAUCCUCCUAUUACCACCGAACCACAUCCUACUACUAGCACUGGAUAUCAUAGUCUUCGUCCUUCACUCCCUCAAAAGGAGACUACUACUUACUCUCUCACUCUCAAACCAUAA